UUGCCACCUGAGGGCAUUGCCUCAAUAAUUUCCGUGACCAUACCCAGAGGACCAAAGACGCUUCUAAUCUGGCUAUGGUCGAGAAAGCGUGGACAUUUUCUGCACUUCCAAAUUUAACUCGGCGUGAUCGGCAUGAUUUUCGUGGGCACCUAGUGGUCCCGGCGUUUUGGGAGUGGCUGUUUUUGUCAGGACACUGCUCACUAUAAUUCAGAAAGAGAAAAACCAGCGUUUUCCGGCAUUUCUCUUGGAGAACUAAACAACGAGAAAAAUGUCUAUUUUCCCUAAAAUAUCUUUGAGGCCCGAGGUUGAAAACUAUCUUAAAGAGGGCUUUAUGAACAAGGAGGUUGUAUCUGCUUUGGGUGAACAAGAAGCAGAAAGGAAGUUUGAAACUCUGUUAAAGCACCUGUCACAUCCUCCAUCAUUCACAACUGUCAGAGUGAAUACAAAUUUAACCUCAGUACAACAUGUGAAAAAUCUGUUACUUGACGAACUUCAGAAGGCUGGGUCUGCAGUUAUGAAAUCUGGAGAUGUUAUUUCUGUAUACUCUGAUAUUAAAGGAAAAUGUAAGAAAGGGGCCAAAGAAUUUGAUGGAACAAAAGUAUUUCUUGGAAAUGGAAUUUCUGAACUAAGCCGCAAGGAAAUCUUCAGCGGGUUACCUGAACUAAAAGGUAUAGGCAUAAGAAUGACAGAACCAGUAUAUCUCAGCCCUUCAUUUGACAAUGUACUGCCCGGUUACUUAUUUUUACAGGGAGAAGUGAUAGCACUGGAUAAAAUUUUCAACAAAGUAGAAAAAAUAAGGCAGAAUGCCUUAUUGUUAGGGCUGAAUUCCAUCAGGGCCUUUUGCUUUGAUGGAACAAAGGCGGUUAAACUUGAUAUGGUUGAGGACACAGAAGGAGGACCUCCUUUCUUGCCAGAAACUUUUGACCGAAUUCUUCUUGAUGCACCCUGUAGUGGAAUGGGACAGAGACCAAACAUGGCUUGUACUUGGACUCUGAAGGAAGUGACAUCGUAUCAACCAUUACAAAGAAGACUCUUUACUGUGGCAGUUCAGCUGCUGAAGCCAGGGGGUGUGCUGGUUUAUAGCACAUGCACUAUAACACUGGCAGAAAAUGAAGAACAAGUUGCCUGGGCCCUCACAACAUUUCCUUGCCUGCAGCUUCAGCCCCAGGAACCGCAGAUUGGAGGAGAAGGAAUGAUGGGAGCUGGCCUGUCAUUUGAACAAUUGAAACAGCUGCAGCGAUUUGAUCCAUCUGCUGUGCCAUUACAGGACACUGACAUUGAUUCUCUCAGAGAUGCCAGAACAGAAGACAUGAUGUGGUUGGCAAAUAAGGAUUGUAUAGGUUUUUUUAUUGCAAAAUUUGUAAAAUGCAAAAGCACAUAGAAGGAUCCUCAGAAAUGAAAAUUCCAAACAUUUGCUGUCUGCAUUUUUUUUUUUUUUUUUUAAACCAAAGUGUUGUCAGGCCAACUGAGUGAUGGCAUGGUUGCUAAGGAAACAGAAAAGGCUGCCAGCUGUUUCACCAGGAUCAAGAGACAGAGGAAGUAGGAGGAUGUGUGAGAUUACAUUUUGUGUUUUUAAAAUACUUUUUUCUUUGUGGGUUUAGUAGAGUAUAGAGAAAAGGAGAUGUCUAUAGCUGCCUGGAACAUAUUUUCAUUUGGAGUCUAAUAUUUGUAAAGACUACAAGUCAUUUUUAAUGUUAAAAAUUAGUCAAUCUAACAAAAGGAAUAAAUUAGCAAUAUUUAA